CCCUUUCGUUGUAUUGUUUUUAUUUUUGUACAUACUAAUUUGAAAUUUGCUAAAUAAUAGAUCUGCAUUAAAAAAAUAUUGAAAAAUAAUAACCAAAGGUGUUAUUUAUGUAUGCAAAGUCAAAAAAUAUGUUUUUUUUUUCAGUGUGUAAAGAGUUUCUUGACAUACUGUACAUCCCAAAAUACGGACGCCAACCUUACCCGCCGAUAUUUGGGUUUUAGGGAGAUGUUGUUCAUAUAACCGGAUAUACAUAUGUAUGUACAUAAUGCACAUACAUAUAUUGGGUUGGAUUGAUGAAUUCUGUAUUACUGCUUCCUAAUAUAAUGGUUGUUUUUAUAAUGAUUCAGCCGCAGAAGCGUGAGCUGGUGCGCAAGUUGCUAGACGCUUGUCUGGGACGUGUUGUGGAACUGAAGCACGAUCUGGUCAACAUUGACCUUAUGGAGUUUAGCUACAAUGAUGAUGUCGUGGAGCGCCUACGUCUGACGCCCAUGGACACUGAGCUGCGUAUUCCACGCUACUUUCUGCGGGAGCGAGAGCAGGAACUGGAGUUCCGCAAACGCACCAUGAAUGAAAUCCUGAUAAAGUUAGGCUGGCUUGAAGAGCACGCCUUAGAAGAGCCACUCACCGAAAUUGAGGCCAUUCGUCUGCUUCAGAUGCACGAGCGGGCUCGUCAAGGACGUUUGCGUGCCCACUUCAUGAAGGAAAUACGCAAGGAGAAGGGCAAAGCAGAGGAGCGCAGUGAGAAGGAACGCACUGAUUCCGGUCUCAUGGCAGCCAUGAAAAUCCAGAAGAUGUGGCGUGGACACACUGCACGACGAAUUACGCGUCGUCGCAAAAUGGAUGAGAUGAUAUUGAUUGGCAUGGUGCCGCCACCAGCUGCAGUGCUUAAGGAACGCGCCGAGAAGCUGGAGAAGCACAACGAGCACGAUGUGCGGCGUCGUCAUGUGGCGCAACAAACAUAUGCGGCGCAGUUCGAGGCGAGACAGGUGGCCAUACAGGAAGAGAUCAGGCAAAAGCAUGGCGCUACCAUGAAGGAGGACAUUGCUGACGAAAUACGUGCCUGGAUCAAGGAUUGCUACGACAAGACGGGCAAGUUGCCCGAUUUUCCCUCUGAGGACCAAGGUGGCUCGCUGCACAUUUUCAGUCGUCCGGGCACGGAGAGUGAGCACAGUCGCUCCUCUGCACGUUCCUCGAAAGAAUCACGCAAAACCAAGGACAAGUCGAAGUCACCAGCGCGUAGUGGUGAUUUGAAUGUAAACGAAAACCAAGAAGACGAUGUCAACUUCCAGCCAGCUGUAUCUGUUUGCUUGCCCGACAUUCGUGCGGAAAUUGAAUACUUCAACGACACUUGGCGCGACAAGGACGAGACAGGAAUCCUUAGCCAGGCGGCCUACGAGGACAUGAUCUAUGCGGAAAAGUAUCAGGAAGUUGAGCUGGAGUUUCGACGCGCUGUCGACGAUGUGAUGCGCCAGGAGAUUGAGUUGCUGCAGACCAUGGUCGGCAAGAAGGUCAAGAAAAGCAACAAGAAGACACGCCGCAGUGGCAAGAAGAGCAAAAAGAAAAAGGAGAAGGAUCUGACACCAGACCGAAGCACCGAGUCGCUUUAUGAGGAAUUGGUUACCAACGGCAUUAUACGCAAGUAUCCCGAACUUAAUCUGAAACAGUUUCUGGGCGACAAAGCGUUGACGGCACGUAAUGGUACAAAUCCUUCUCCGGGCGACAUUAGACAGAUUCUCGUCGAAUACUGCAUCCUGCCACUCGGCUCCGAAGCCAUACACAGCUGCACGCCACUGAUCCGCUCUGUGCUGUUGGCUGGUCCCCGAGGAUCUGGCAAAAAGGCUUUGCUUCAUGCCAUUUGUACGGAAGUUGGUGCCGUUUUGUUCGAUCUCACACCCGCGAAUAUUGUGGGAAAAUAUCCAGGCAAAUCAGGACUUAUUAUGCUUAUACAUCUAGUGCUUAAGGUGUCCAGGUUGCUGCAGCCCGCAGUCAUCUAUAUGGGCGAUGCGGAGCGACCCUUUAUGAAGAAAAUUCCCAAAACCGAUCGCACAGAUCCCAAACGCUUGAAAAAGGAUUUGCCCAAAAUGAUAAAGAAUAUUGCGACCGAAGAUCGCGUCAUUUUUGUGGGCACCUCCAACUUACCUUGGGAGGCGGAUCAGAAACUCUUGCAAUCGGUCUACAAUCGCUUCAUUUACAUUCCGCGUCCAGAUUAUGGCGCCAUGUCGCAUGCUUGGAAAACGUUGCUCCACAAAUAUUCUGGCGGCAUAUCCAACUUAGACACCAGUGCAAUGGCCAAAAUAUCCGAUGGUUAUACUAUAGGUGCUAUCGAUGCUUGCUUGCGUGAAGUGAUGACUUGCAAACGUAAAUUGCAAUUACGUUCCCAGCCGCUUACAAAUGCUGAGUUGAUCAAUGUGCUCUGUACGCGGGAUCCUGUCUAUCGAGAAGAAGAGGAAGCCUUUGAGUCGUGGUGGUCAAAAACUCCACUGGGCCGACGACGUCAACGCUUUUUAGAACUAGAAGAGGAAAGACUGAUUGAAGAACAGGCACAGCAGGCCAAGCAAGGAAAUGGCAACAAAAAGAAGGGCAUGAAUUGA